UACGACUGCCACAUGCCCUUUGGCAUACCUCUCGCACUGCUGAUGCUGUAAAGACUCAUUCACCUUGAUGUCGACUCCAGCACUCCAGAUACACGAACCAAACGAUCCCAGAGCGGCGAACCGGGCCCGGUUCGAACUCGAACUCGAAUUCGUGCAAGCGCUCGCGAAUCCGUUCUACUUGCAUUCGCUCGGACAGCAGGGGAUUUUGGACCAGCCAGCUUUCAUAAAUUUCCUGGAAUAUUUGCAAUACUGGAAGGACAAGGACUACGCAAGAUUCAUCCACUACCCGCACGCUCUUCACCACCUCGACCUCCUACAACAUGCCCAGUUUCGGGCAGAAAUUCGGAAAGACGAGUGGAGAGAAUAUCUUAACCAGAAGCAGUUUGAUCACUGGCGGACUUGGCGUGACCCCAAAUAUCUCAAUGCGCCUAAACCUGUGAAAGAAGAUCCGGUUAAUCCGGAUGCCAUCGGAAACGAGUCAAGCACCAUCUUAAAUACAUCAGGCCUCUGAUAGUUUCCUCUUGUCUAACUUCUGCUUUUCCAGCAAGUGUCUAAUGCCAGAAGAAGCUCACUCGGGUGUUUGCAGGAAGUAUGACGCUCGUUUUCAUGACGAGGGCUAUCUCUAAAUGCUAUUCCUGGCAUUCUUCUUUGAAUAUCUCUGUCUCUCCGUCACGGAAGUUCGCCCUUGUAUGCGCCUAUUAACAUUUACGAAGAAUCCACAAGGUUCCACGGC